AUGUCCUAUAUGCAAAUUGAAGAAUUGAUCAAAGAUGAAGGGUAUUGUAAUAUAAAGUGUUUAUGGUAUUGGAAUCUAAACUUUUCAUUUUCUCGUGGAUUUCAGCCUUUGAAUAAUGACAACGAUGUGUUAAGGUUCAUGGAAGAUGUUAGAGGAUUUAAAGUCAUUGACAUUUAUGUUGAACACAAAGUUGAAGAAAUUAAUAUUGAAGAUGUUAUGUUUGAGGAGGAUAAUUAUGAAGAAGUUAAUGUUGAGGGAGCAGAUGAAGAAGUUAAUAUUGAUGGAGCAGAUGGAGAAGUUAAUGUUGAGGGAGUAGAUGAAGAGAGUGAAACAUAUCCAUAUUAUAACAUGAGUAGUGAGGAUGACAAGGAAUAUGACAUUGAUGAGUUGAACUUAGGUACUGAUGUUAGUGUUAAUUGGACAACAGUUCUCCCUAAUGCUACAAUAGAACAACCUUCAAAGUUGGAUGAUAUUUCUAAUAAUGAUAGUUGUGAUUCAUAUGUGCUUCAUACUCCAGGCGAUAGUGAUGUUGAAGUUGAUAUGGAAAGGUUUCCAACUUUUAAAGAAACUAUAAAACUUGAAGUAGGGAUGAUGUUCAAGGAUAAAUUACAAAUCAAAGAUGUCAUAAAGGAGUAUGCAAUAGAGAACAAGAAGAUUUUUGUGUUCAAGAAAAAUGACAAGAAGAGAAUGGUUGUUAAAUAUAUAGAAGGUUGUCCAUUUUAUAUUAGGUUUAACAUGUGGACUACAAAUCAAUUUUGGAAACUCCUAGCUUAA